GGGGUGGUCUUCAGAGUCAGCCCGGGCUCUCCAGGUUUCUGUGCGUCUGCGGCCACUCGCACCCUCCUCACGCCCCCUGCGCCGGGCACCGUCAGCUCCGGGGCUCUGGGCUAACCAGGCUUUAGACCAGGACCUCUUAAUGGAUUCCUGGAUGAUACUCUGUAUGGGAGUUUUGAAACGUCUCUUGUGCAAAACAGAGUUCCUCCGUCCCCCUCCCUCCUAAACUAGCUGCUCCUGCAGUCUCCCCAGCCUCGGGGGCACCGUUUCUGACAUAAAGGGAGACCCGGGCGUCACCUUGGACUCCUCCCUCUUCCCUCCACCUGUAUCCACUCCAGCCACCUCUUACGGGAUCGGACCUCCAAACCACUUGUCCAGCUGGCCUCCGCUUCACUCCCUCUACUGUUGCUGCCCUGGUGAGGUCGCGUGCCCCUCGCCUUGGUGACGGCCUCCACCUUCUCCCUGCUCUCCCCGUGCCCAGGCCCGCUGCCUUCUAGUCGGUCCACUAAUUGGCCGUUAGCGUGCCUCUGCCUGAGAGCUCAUCUGACCACGGGCCGUGUCACUGCUCGGCUUAGAAACCGUUCCACGACCCUGCCUUGUCUUUAGGCGAAAGUCCCAUAGCUGCGCGUUCCCCCUGGAGAAUCGCCCUCCGCAGUGAACACGUUUACUGGCGGAGGCCUGCGCUCCUCAGGUUGGCUGUGGGGCAUAGCUCGGUGCCCUGGACCAAGGACCAGUGCAGCAUCACCUCCGGUGAACAUCUGGAAGGAGGCUAGCCCGUUCUCCUAGCGUUUGGAGCUCAGUCCAGUGACAGGGACAGCUAAAUCCCCAGGGCCUUUGUAUUAGGCAGACGUAGGUUUGGCUUUGUAAAACCAAAACAAAAAGCCAUAAUGGCUUAAGGGAGGGGAACGCUUGUUUCCCUCUUAGAUAAGUAAGUCCAGAGGCAGGCAUUCCACGGCUGGCCUGUCAGCUCCGAGGAGUCGUCAGGGACCCAGAGCCUUCUGGCUCUGGUCUGGCCGUAGGGUAAGCUGGUGUGCUCGCGUCCCAGAGGGCGCUCUGCCCCACGCACAGCGUGGAAACGCGAAGAAAUGCAUCCCUCACCCCUAAGGAGACUUCCCAGAGCCCCGUGUACUUUUGUCUGCAUUUUACUGUCACACCUGCCAGAAUUUGGUCACGUGCCCACACCCAGCCGCAAAGAAAGCUGAAGAAUGUAUUUCUUUAGUUAGAUUCCUUGCUAUGCUAAAUGAAUUCAUUAUUCUGUUGCUGAUGAGGUAGGCAAGAAUAGAUAUCGGGUAAUAACUAAAACUUUUGCCACAGGCUCUUAGUUUAAAAAGUAUAGGCCUUGAGAUCUAAAAAAGCAUUAGGAAACUCCUAUAAAGAGGCCAUUUAUAAACCAAUCUGUAGAAACAAAGAACAUUGCUAUAUAUAAAGACAACAACCAGUUACGAAAUGUAAGAAAACUCACGAAGAGGGAAGACGUACAACAGAGAUGUGAUGGAUAUAAAAACAAAAACAUCAGGAUACGUUUGGGAAUUUUACAGAAUUGUACUAAAAUUGAUCUGGAGAAGUAGGAGUGUGGACAGGAAGCGUCUGGAAAAGAAGACUGAGACAGAACUUUGUCCAACAUGGUGAAGAGUCCAGUAAAGAAAGCUACAGUAGGUUGAGGCUCUGGUACCAGGGAAGGAUUAGACAGGUCCUGGAAGUAUAUGGCGUCUAGACGUUGACCCCAACGUCGACCUCUGGGCUGUGGCACGGCAGCAUCUCGCAUCAGUAGGGAAGAGAACGGUAGGGCUGGACGCAACGCGCUGACCGUCUGGAGAGGAUUAAGCUGCACACAUCUCCACCCGAUGUCAGCGAGCCAGGAGGACUUCCUUUGGUUCUGGGGCUGGCCCAGCCACUGUCCCCUUUUGGAUGGUCAGCCCCGGUUUCCAGUGCCCCGUAGCGUAGACCUGACCCUCGGGCUGGAGCUCCCGGCCGCACCAGCUUCGGCCACUUCACGUGCCUGCCCUCUGUCAUUUCAGAUCGUGACAUGGGGACUGAGCACACGGAGGUCAUUCCCAAGGAGGAAGUUUGUGAAGAGCCCGAGCCCCCCGGGGCGGCCGACGAGGGCCGGCAGUUCGGAGCGGACGCGCGGGCGCGGCCCCCGGGAGGGUCCGUGGACGCGAGCGUGGCGCCCGGGUCUUCUCGGGGCGGUGGCGUCGCGUCGGGGCUGAUGACCGUCAAGAGGUCCCCGUCCAGCGAGAGGCUGCAGGAGGACCCGCCUCCGCCACCGGGGGCCCCCGCGCCGCAGAGGAGCCCCGUGCGGGAGAAGCCCCACACGUGCCGGGAGUGCGGGAAGGCCUUCAACCAGAACUCGCACCUGACGCAGCACCUGCGCGUGCACAGCGGCGAGAAGCCCUUCCAGUGCGGCGAGUGCGGGAAGCCGUUCGGGACCAACUCCAGCCUCCGGCGGCACCUGCGCAUCCACGCGGGCGAGAAGCCGUUCGCGUGCACCGAGUGCGGCAAGGCGUUCAUCCAGAGCUCGCACCUGGUGCACCACCACCGCAUCCACACCGGGGAGCGGCCCUACCGCUGCGGCGAGUGCGGCAAGGCCUUCAGCCAGAACUCGGCCCUGCUGCUGCACCAGCGCAUCCACACCGGCGAGAAGCCGUACGCGUGCAACGAGUGCGGCAAGGCGUUCCGCGUGAGCUCGCAGCUCAUCCAGCACCAGCGCAUCCACACGGAGGAGCGCUACCACGAGUGCGGCGAGUGCGGCAAGGCCUUCAAGCACAGUUCGGGCCUCAUCCGCCACCAGAAGAUCCACACCGGCGAGAAGCCCUACCUGUGCGGCGAGUGCGGCAAGGGCUUCGGCCAGAGCUCCGAGCUCAUCCGGCACCAGCGCAUCCACACGGGCGACAAGCCGUACGAGUGCAGCGAGUGCGGGAAGACCUUCGGCCAGAACUCGGAGAUCAUCCGGCACGUGAGGAUCCACACGGGCGAGAAGCCGUACGUGUGCGGCGAGUGCGGGAAGGCCUUCCGCGGCAACUCGGAGCUGCUGCGCCACGAGCGCAUCCACACGGGCGAGAAGCCGUUCGAGUGCCCCGAGUGCGGGAAGGCCUUCCGGCGGACCUCGCACCUCACGGUGCACCGGCGCAUCCACCGCGGCGACAAGCCGCACCAGUGCGCCGAGUGCGCGCGCACCUUCUGGGACGGCUCGGAGCUGCUGCUCCACCGGAAGGUGCACACGGGCGAGAAGCCGUACGAGUGCGACCGCUGCGGGAAGCCGUUCGGCCAGCUGUCGCAGCUGGCGCUCCACCAGCGGACGCACACGGGCGAGAGGCCGUACGAGUGCCAGCAGUGCUCCCGGACCUUCAGCAGGAGCUCGCACCUGCUGCGGCACCAGAGCGUGCACUGCGCGCAGUGAGCCCGCGCCGGCCGGCGCGCCCCCG